AUGCCACGUAAGCUACGUAAGAAUAUACGUAAGAGGAAGGGAGCAUUGAAACAUCCAAUAGUAAAACUGACACCACAACAACAGUUGCAACAACAAAUGAUGAAUGACCCCACUAUGUUGCAACAAAUGUCAAGCAACCCUAUGCUUUUAAACCGAGUUAUUGGUGCACAGAGUGGAGGUUUAAGAGCGGCACUUUUAGCGAAAAUGGCAGGCUAUGGUGGAGCUGCAGACGGAACAGCUUAUAACCCUCAAAGUCAAAUGAAUUUGAGUUCACUCAAAAAUCAAAUAACAGAUGUCAAAAAGUCAAACAUAGACAUACAGAAACAAAUAAAUGAAAACGAAAAGAAACUAGAAUAUGACAGACAGACAAAGAAACUAAAUGAGUUAAACGUAGAGAAAAAGAAGAAAGAAGAA